AGAGGACUCAGUGCUGUCUCCAGCUCCUUCCACAUCUGCAGGCGCGGCCGGGACGCGCUCCGCCCUCUGCGCGCUCCGCUAGGCUCUGCUCGCUCCGCUCCGCACACCCUCGCUGCUUCGCUGGCCUCCUGCAGAACCAGGCUGCGGCUGCCCCCGAAGAUCCGGCGCACGCCCCGCUGUGGAUCGUGUCAUUCACACUGAGGAGAGGGACGGGGAGACACACAAGGAAACCUAGGAGGAGGCUUCCAUCUCGUCAUUGCAGGAUGCUCUGGAAGCUCUCGUUGACCUUGCUCCUGGUGGCUGUGCUGGUAAAGGUAGCUGAAACCCGGAAGAACCGGCCUGCGGGCGCCAUCCCCUCGCCUUACAAGGAUGGUAGCAGCAACAACUCAGAGAGAUGGCAUCACCAGAUCAAGGAGGUGCUGGCCUCCAGCCAGGAGGCCCUGGUGGUCACCGAGCGCAAGUACCUCAAGAGUGACUGGUGCAAGACGCAGCCACUGCGGCAGACAGUGAGCGAGGAGGGUUGCCGCAGUCGCACCAUCCUCAACCGCUUCUGCUAUGGCCAAUGCAACUCCUUCUACAUCCCGCGCCACGUGAAGAAGGAGGAGGACUCCUUCCAAUCCUGCGCUUUCUGCAAGCCCCAGCGUGUCACCUCUGUCAUCGUGGAGCUCGAAUGCCCGGGCCUCGAUCCACCUUUCCGAAUCAAGAAAAUCCAGAAGGUGAAGCAUUGCAGGUGCAUGUCCGUGAACCUGAGUGACUCGGACAAGCAGUGAACUCACGAGGCAGAAUGCAGCUCAGCCUUGAGCAACCUUACUCCUGGGUUGCGCCACCGCCACUUCUGUUGAGCUCACUCACACUCUGCCCGGUGUCCCAGUCAGCAGCAAAUGUGUCUUUUAGGGCUAACAGUGUCCUUGUCACAAAUGAGGACCACAAGUCCACAAGUGAAGCUUUGUUGACUGUCCCAGAUCCACCCCAGGCUACACUUGUGUCUCUAAAUCCACCUUGUAGAUCGGACACAGAAGAUGUUGGAAAACUCCACCCCCAGAAAUUCGACAGGACUUUUCAGGAGAUGCACUGUCAUUCGGGAUUGACGAGUCCACCAUGUGGAAACACAAGUCUUUUCCUGGUCACAUACUGCACUCAAGCUUGACCCUUCCCCUGGUGAAGAAUGCACGACUCUUCUGUCGCAAACCUUUGUUGGUCACCGGACUCCUGUGGUGUGGGCAUUCAUUCUUCUGACCUGGGAGCUGCCCAGCUCUGCCGCUGCUGUGAUGCCCAUGUGGGCAUCAUGUAUAAAAGAGAUGCUCACCCUCAAGGGGUUCCAGAACAAACCUGGUACCCACGAGGACAAGCCAAACUGAGUGGAUCAGGAAAUGGACUUCCCUGGGAACUGUACCGAGCAGGCAGGAUUCUCCACACCUCUGGACACCACGACAUCUUUUUUUCUCCUCAUAGCCCCCAUCUAUAGCUCAAGAUAAAUUCUGGUGCGCAUACUAUUCCCGCUGCCGUGUUAUCACUCACAAGGUCUCUGUAUUAAUGCCAGUUUUAUAAUUGACCUAUCAUGUUAAAAACAGUUAAAAGUAUUAUCGACAUAGUCAUAUAUCAAGUCACGUGUUUGGACUCUAGCUUUGCAGCACCAUUCUGAAUAGGGAGUAGAGAGAGGGUUGAGUGAUCUGUGGAAAAGUAUUUUACAGAGGAAAAACUGCCUUUCAGGUCAGCAAGUCACUGCCCCCCACCAACACACACUUUUUUUUCUUUU